AGUUCUCUAUAACGCGGUCUCCGGGAGCCAGCGGGGAAGAAAGAAGCCGAGCGGGCGGAAGGCGCCCUCCCCGCCGCCUGGGCCCGGGCACCGGGUGCCGGGCCCGGGGUCCUUCCCGCCUCCCGCGGCUGCCGGCCGCUUUGUUUCCCCGGCCUCGGCCGCUCCGGGCUCCUCGAGACUUGGUGGUGGGGGGCGCCCGCCGGGGGCUGCUCCAGGAACGCGGCGGCAGCGGAGGGCGACGGACCGCGCCGCGACUCGCAGGGACCCAGGAGUCCGGCCGCCCCGGAGGGCCGCGCGACGAGAUCCAGGACGGAGCCCCGAGCUCCGCGGGCCGGGGGCGCCCGUGAGCGGAGACCUCCCCGUCGAGGGGGGGCGAUGUUCCCCUCGCCCGUGGGUCCUUCGGGCAACCCGGGCAUCCCCCCGCCGCUGGGACCCGGGCCCCCGCCGGGGGCACCUCUGCAGGCGGUUCCAUGGAGACUCUGUGCCCCGCGCCCCCUCUCGCGGUGCCGGCGUCCCCGCGAGGGUCGCCCUGCUCCCCCGCUCCCCGGAAGCCGCGUCGGGGGACCCAGGAGUUCUCUCCGCUGUGCCUGCGUGCCCUUGCCUUCUGCGCCCUUGCCAAACCCCGGGCGUCCUCUCUGGGCCCGGGCCCCGGGGAGCCGGCGCCGCGGCCCCCGCUGCUGCUAGGCCCUCGCGCCCCCCUGUGCACCGGCGCCUGGGCCCCAGAUGGCCCGAAGCCGCCCGCGGGACCGGCCGCGCGGUCCAGCGAUCCCGACCCGGCGGCCCACCAGGAUGCGGACGCCGCAGUGUGCCCGAGCCGCGACGAGGAGGAAGAGGGCGGAGGCGGCUGCCCGCGCUGGGGCGCUCGCUCGGGCGAACCUCCCGGCCGCUGCCCGGCAGCGCCCCGGCGCCCUCGGGACUCUCCGAGCGGCUCCGCCCCGGCUCUCGACUCGGCGCCCGACCCCGCCGCGAGUCCGCCGCGGGAGCCCAGCGCCCGGCCGCCGCCGCCGCCACCUGCGGGCCGCGCCGGGGCCGCGCCGGAGGCGUCCCCGCCGGGCCCGGCCGCCGCCGCGCAGGGCAGCGCCGCCGCGGCCGCCCAGCCCUCGACGGCCGCCGCCGCCCCGGCCGCGCCCGGCCACCUCCGCCAGGAACACUUCGACCGUCUGAUCCGCCGCUCGAAACUCUGGUGUUACGCCAAGGGCUUCGCUCUCGACACCCCGACUCUGCGCCGGGGAUCCGAGCGGCCCCCCGCCGCCAAGGGGCCUGCUCGCGGAGCCCCGAAGAAACGGCGGCGGCCGCCCACGCCCCCGCGCCGCAGCGCGCAGCCCCGCCGGCCCGUCCCGACGCUGCCCACGUCCAGCACCUUCUGCCUCCUCGACUGCUUCCCCUGCCCCGCGGCGCUGGUGGUGGCCGAGGACGGAGACCUGGGGCCCGCCUCUUCGCUGCGCCUCCAGGGAGACGCCAAGCCGCCGCCCGCCCACCCGCUCUGGAGGUGGCAGAUGGGGGGCCCCGCGGUCCCUGAGCCCCCCGGCCUCAAAUUCUGGGGCAUCAACUGGGAAGAACGCUGAGCAGGAGCGCGCCAGUACCACGUGGGGCAAAGUGGGGUGCGCGGAGCCCGCGGCCGCCUCGUGUCUUACCUCUGGCCUGUGUUACGGGCUGUGGUUGGAGGGCCCCCGAGUGACAGUGCUGGCCCAGCACCUCACUGGCUGCAGUGACACCCUCGCCCCCUUCUUCGUGGGAGAGGGACGAGCGCUGGAAUCCGGAGAAAGGCUUAAGAGAUUCCAACCCUCCCUCUCCCCACCUGGGGGUCCGGAGUGGGGGCCAGGCCUGCACCCCAGAGGGAGCCC